AUGUCUUCAACUUCUUUAAGUACAGCCACCUCUUCAUCUUUUACUGAAGGCGAUGAAAUCGGAAAAAUGUUUGAUAUUUUGAGAGCAUUUAUUUCACACAGAAAUGACCAAGACACAACAAUUAGAAAAUUGAGAAACAUUGUGGAUGGUUCUUCGAAGAAUGCAUCUGUAUUUUUCGAUGUGCUUGUAGCUCUUCAACCAGAAUUUGAUGAGGAACGCAAACGAAAAGAAGAAAAUGAUGUGGAGAUUAGGCGUUUUUUGGAGCAGUUAGGAAAGGAGAUUUUACCUUCUGAAGUUCUCUCACUGGAAUUAAAUGCUUUAGGGGCAGAAGAACAAGCAACAAGAUCGAGAAUUGUUAAAAGCAAAACUAGGAUUUAUUAUAAACAGUUAAAAUUUAAUUUAUUACGGGAAGAGAGUGAAGGUUAUGCAAAACUUAUAACAGAACUUCUACAUCCUUCGUCUAAAAGUGAUGAAAUGAUUUUAACUGUUGAUUGCUUAAUUGGUCAAUUUAAUCUGGAUCCAAACAGAGUUGUUGAUAUUAUUCUUGAAUGCUUUGAAUAUGCCCCUAAUGAAUAUCAACGUUUUGUACGACUAAUACGUGAUUUUAAUGUCGAUCAAAAAGAUUUGUUUUCAAUUUUGGCUUUGAAAUUUAUUUUUUGUCAGCGUGCAGAAUACACUCCAAUGUCUCUUUAUCGCCUCUCUUCAAUAUUAGCCCAAGAAAAUUUAGUUGAUAUACUUGCAGUAUUUAAUUUAGCAACACCUACACAAAAAGAAGCAAUUGAAGAUUGUAAAACACUAGCAGAAUUAAUUAGAGUUCGAUCUGUCCGUGCUGAAACAAUUUCUUCUAGCGGAGUUUGUUUAAAAAAAUUUUUUGUGUGA